CUUGGUCGGAAGGACGUUGUUAAAUGCGAGCGCGGUUGUCAAAAUGAGUGGUGCCGUCACAAAAUCGGAUUCCGAUGCCGAGGAUGCACUCCUGGGUGUUGAGAUAGAGACCAAACUGAAUCUGCAAAAGGAUAUGGACAAGAUAGAUGUUUGUCCUGACAAGACUUCGAAGAAGAAAAGGAAGAAGAAAACCCAAAAACUGAAUGGCAUGCGUUUGUCUGUUCAUAUCAUUCAGUCAUACCAUUUUAUAGGUAUUGAUGGUAGCUCAAAUGUCGUUGAAGACGAGCACAAAGAGCCAAUGCAGAGAGAACUACCUGCAGGAUCUGAGCUCAGCGGGACUCAGAAGAAGAAGAAAAAGAAGCCCGGCAACAAAGGGGACACGAAUGGGGAGGUCCCGUGUGGAAUGAAGCAGACUUACCCUCCUUCAAUUCCCAUAUGUGAUCUGUUUCCUGACCGUGAUUAUCCAGUUGGUGAGAUACUCGAAUAUCCGCCGGACGCAGACGGUCGAAUGGCCAUAAAUCGUACCACUUCUGAGGAGUGCAAGGCUCGGGACCGAGCUCAUCUGGAGACGUAUCAGGAGUUCAGAGAAGGCGCUGAAGUUCAUAGACAAACGCGUGCGCACAUCAAGAAGUGGCUCCGUCCGGGAGUCACCAUGAUUGAGCUUUGUGAGGAGUUGGAACGUACUAGUCGUGCGCUCAUCAAGGAACGUGGCUUGCAGGCUGGCUUGGCAUUCCCUACCGGUUGUUCUCUAAAUCAUGUUGCUGCGCAUUAUACGCCAAACGCUGGGGACACAACGGUUCUUAGCUACGAUGAUGUCUGCAAAGUUGAUUUUGGUGUUCAUGUCAAUGGCAGAAUAAUUGACUGUGCGUUCACUGUACAUUUCAAUCCAAAGUACGACAAACUGGUGGAAGCGGUGAAAGAUGCCACUAAUACCGGGAUAAAGGCAGCCGGUAUUGAUGUCCGUUUAUGUGAUGUUGGCGCGGCCAUUCAGGAAACCAUGGAAUCGUAUGAGGUAGAGUUGAAUGGGAACACAUAUCAAGUCAAACCAAUCCGUAAUUUGAACGGACAUUCGUUGGGACCAUAUCAAAUCCAUGCGGGCAAAACAGUUCCUAUUGUACGAGGUGGUGAGCAAACACGAAUGGAGGAAAACGAAUACUAUGCUAUCGAGACCUUUGGCAGUACGGGACGGGGAUACGUGAACGAUGGAGAGGAAGUCUCUCAUUAUAUGAAGAAUUUCCACGCUGGGCACGUCCCUUUAAGGAUAUCCCGGUCCAAGCAGUUACUCAGCGUGAUCGACCGCAACUUUGGCACGUUAGCCUUUUGUCGUCGCUGGUUGGAUCGACUAGGUGAAACAAAGUAUCUUAUGGCUCUGAAAAACCUAUGUGAUGUGGGAGUCGUUGAUCCCUACCCUCCUCUUUGUGAUCAGCGAGGAUCGUACACAGCUCAGUGGGAACACACUAUCCUACUUCGACCAACGUGCAAAGAAGUUGUUAGUCGAGGUCCAGACUACUAGGCCCUCCUGACCUCACUCUUUUGUCGUUCAUGUCUAGAUCACACUGCGAAGUUUGCUGUGUCUGUUUCCUCCAGAAAACGACUGUUACUUGGCCCCAUUCCGACAAACGGGGUUAACUGUGUUGCCCCUCCCAUCUCCCGCUUACGUACAUUAACCACACUCGCUUUUUCAACUUGUAAAUGCUCAGAAAAUGAAUUUGGG